ACGGUUGUGCAUAGGAAAAUUAACUAUUUAACUCGAGCUGAGUUAUAUCAGGUAUAUAACAGUUAUACUUCGCACCAUGCAACAACGUGCAAGACAUCGUCCUCCCUCAUUGCCCUCAUCCUUUCCCCCUUUCCUCCAUGGCGGUACGUAAACAAAGUUUUAGGCAGAAACUUUCAAGCUUAGUAAUGGCAAAGUAGCUUCAAGUUCGGUGGAGACCAUUUGAGAUGCUUGCUAUGCUGGUAAUGCCAUUUCUUAUCCCUGUGCUGCAUCAUUAUCCAGCAAGAAAUUUGAGGAGUACCCAGAACAGUUACAAGAAACCAUGACUGUGAGAGGCCACAUCAAGAGUCGUCGCCUUUUCAGUCUGGCUGGGAACCGACACAGAAACUAAACAUGGAUGAACAGCUCAACGAGAACCAAGAGAUACCCGUGCAUAUGAGCCACUGAGUACCCAGCAGCUCGAAUUGGCAACUCCAAGAAAUGCAGCUCUGCCCAGAGUUGAGCUGUCAGCUCUCGAGAAUGAAAUCGGAACCUUCCGACACUGCGUGCCUAAUAGAAGAGGGCCAGGUCGAUCGACAGCACCACAGGAAGUCUGCAUCAGGAGGUGAUAGUGGUGGAGCAAAAGGAAGCACACCUGUUCUUCAUAUUGAGGACCAGCCCAGGAGCACUUGCAGUCGAGCACCCUCAGGUUGCUGUUCCCCAAAUGCACAGUUCAAGAUCAGCGCAACAACGGUUGAGCCACAAUUCGACGACACUGCCCUUGUCACUACGCAUUGUCGACCCACAGAGCAACAUCCAGGCCAGAGGAAGCCACGUGCACUUGCAUGCGCAUCGAAAGUCACGAAGUGCCACAUGCUCGUACACGGUCACAACGAGUCGGAAGAGUGUCCCACUGUAAAAGACAUCCAGAUGGGAGAGAAGGACGUCGACCUCUCUCCCGCUACCUUCUCCCAGUCCGAGGGUACCAACAAAUUUUUGCUGAAUCAAAGUGGCGAGAAGCCAUACAAGUGCAAUAUCUGCCCCGCAGACUUCAGACACAGCACGAGCCUUUGGCGUCACAAGCUGACACACACGGGCCUGAAACAAUACAAGUGCGACCUCUGCCCCGCAGUGUUUGGCCGGAGCUCCAAUCUCCGGCGUCACCAGCAGAAGCACACGGGAGAGAAGCCGUACAAGUGCAACCUUUGCCCCGCGGAGUUUAGGCAUCAGCACCACCUGAAGAACCACGUACGGGUCCACAGCGGCGAGAAGCCGUACAAGUGCGACCUCUGUCCCGCAGAGUUCAGUCAGAGCACGAACCUGCGGUGUCACGAACGGACGCACACGAACGAGCAUCCCUACAAGUGCGACCUGUGUCCCGCGGAGUUCAGCCACAGCACGAGCCUGCGCAUUCACCGAAGGGCACACACGGGUGAGAAACCGUACAAGUGCGACCUGUGUCCCGCGGAGUUCAGCCAGAACGCCACCCUGCAGAAUCACAGGCGGACGCAUACGGGCGAGAAGCCGCACAAGUGCGAUCUCUGUCCUGCGGAGUUCAGCCAGAGCACGAGCCUGUUGCGUCACAGGUUGACACACACGGGCGAGAGGCCACACAAGUGCGAUGUCUGCCCCGCGGAGUUCAGCCGCAGCACCCACCUGCAGCGUCACAAGUUGACACAUACUGGCGAGAGGCCACACAAGUGCGAUCUGUGCCCUGCGAGCGGGCUCACAAGGCAACUGUCCGGUUCUAGAGGGGGAAAACUCAAACCCGAGGGAUGUCGCCUGAUCGCCCGCCCUGUGCGAAUCAGCUUCGCUAGCAAGGCAGUGAUAUGCAACAGGAAGAAGGACAACCCCCACCUGAAGUUGCCGGACAUUCAACAGUGGGCAAAGUCUCAACCUGGUCUCGACAUUCCGAAGUCUACGAUGGCGGAUAUACUCAGCCGUUCGGACAAAUUGCUUAGCGCAGACAAAGAAAACGUGAACGCCGUGCGGGACCGUUCUGGACGUGAAUGA